AUGGAUGAUGCACCGGGAUUUGCCGGUUCCGGUAGCACAGAUUGGGUGGGAGAGCAAAAGCACACCAUGUUUUCCCGUUUUCGGAUUUAUUCAGUGAAGAGGACUUCAAAUUUGGAAAUGGUUAAGAUCAAAACUCGAAUGGGGAGAAUUUUCCUGGUUGAAUUAGAUGGCAGAGCUUAUAGAUGCAGAUUCUGUGACAGCCCUCUUGCCCUUGCCGAUGAUAUCAUCUCUCGGUCUUUCAGCUGCCGUCGAGGAGGGGCAUAUCUGUUCAGCACUGUUGUGAACAUAACGCUUGGUCCCGAGGAAGAGAGGCUGAUGCUUUCUGGUUUGCAUACUGUAGAAGAUAUUUUUUGCUGCUGCUGCGGACAGAUUCUUGGAUGGAAAUAUGUAUGGUUUCUUUAUCUCUCUGGUUUAGUUGUUGGGAUGGAUGGAUUGAACUAUAGCGCGUCUGUGUCUGUAAACAGAUGGAGGAUAGAAGUGGAUGUUGCUGAGGAAUUCAAUUUAGACGCUCCGCCCGGUUCAACCAUUUGUAACUAUUAUGAGUAUGAGGAAGAUGCAUUUUUCUGGUAUCAUUUUCCUGGGGCCCCCUUUGGUUUCUCCUUUGGAGCCAUCUCAGUGACUGUUCAGUUUGUGGGUGUGGUGUGGGGUGCGCUACGUAAAGCAAAACAGCAGCGUUGGGGAGAGAGAGACGGCCGUGAUGCCUCUGGUGCCGACAGAUUCGCUUGGAGCAGAAGCAGCAAGCAAAAGCAAGAGCUGCCUGCAGACGCAGCAGCGCUGAUGCAUGCUGAUGGUGCUGACGUUGAAGUUAGGUGA